AUGUAUAGAAGAAACUGGAUUGCAAGUGUUGAUGUCGAAAAUGUCAAGCUGCUGAAUGCCAAAGAUUCGUACCAGGCUGCGAUAGAAAGAUGGAGGCAUUUGAGGAGCACAUGCGAAUCAGACCAGACGUGCAUCGGCGCUGAAAAUCGGGAUCCAAGCGCCGAGGGCUUUUCGCUUGUCGACCCAGAUAUCAAUCUGUGGUUGCAACAGUUCUACCAGUCCCGUGGAGGACUUCCAUUAAGGAACAUUCUCCGUGCGGGCCGAAUCCUACAGAGUCUUGGCCUCAAAAUCCGAAAAAGGUCGUUUAUACUAGACUUAGCGUGCGGAAUGGCAUUUGGUAGACAACGUCUCAUGGACGUUAUUAUUUCCUAUUUCCAUAUCCAGCCAAAAGGCGGGGAGAAACAGCGUGGAACGUGGAACGGUCCGGCCCCGCAUUCAUAUCCUUUUGCUCGGGACGACCAUAAUGGUUUGUUCCCGAGUCAGAAGAAGAUUAAUGUUUAA